AAUGAAAGUACAGUGACAGUCCAGUGCAGCUGGAGACAGCAGAGUCCAGACAAACCAAACCAUGCAAGAGCCAAACUCGCUGAGAAUCGUCCUGCUGGGGAAACACGGCAGCGGGAAAAGCAGCCUGGCAAACAACAUUCUGGGAGAAAAGAUUUUCAGAGUGAGCUACAGGAGCGACUCAAAGAUCCGAAGCGUUCAGACUCACUCCAGGACCUUGAAAGAGCGCAAAGUGACGGUGAUCGACACUCCAGGGGUCGUGGGAACCCAGGGCGUGGGGUGGGAGCGCGCGGAGCUGGAGAGACACUGUGAAUGGCUGAGCUGCCUGGUCCAGUGCGCUCCGGGGCCUCACGCGCUGCUGCUGGUGAUGCCUGUGCAGAGGUACACGAGACAGGAGCAGGCUGUGGUGGAGUACAUCAAGACACAGUUUGGGGAAGAGAUGUUCCGAUUCACCAUUGUAGUUUUCACUCAUGGAGACCAGCUCCCGGAGAACACAGACAUCUUGGAGUUUGUGGAGGAGAACACUGAGCUGGCCAAGCUGGUGCAGGCCUGCGGGGGGCGCUGUCAUGUGGUCGACAACAAGUACUGGACCAAAGAUCAGCAAAAGGAAGACCCACAGCGGAGCAAUGAGUUUCAGGUGGAAGCGAUCCUGAAUACUGUGGAGAAAAUGGUUGAUGAAAACCAGAAGUAUUGA